ACAGUGUCAACAUGAUCAUCGAAUGGAUGUCUCUCUGUCUUUUCCUUAUAACAUUAUGUACGGAUGCAAUCGUAAAAGGACUACUGAAUAGUUCCAAUAAAUUAAUUUGGCGUUCAACUGCAAAAUGCCCUUUGAACAUGACAACAUUUGAAAAAGCUUCCAGGAACAUGAACUGUAGUGGAAAUACUCGAUAUCUAUGUGCACCAAAUAAAGAUCUAUCCUCUUUGAUUGAGUUUUGUACAACAGCCAAACGAGGACUAUAUGGACCAGACAAUUGUGUAAAGCAUCAAAGCAAUGGUUAUCUUGAUCACGUUCCUUGUAACUCAUCUUUCAAAGACGGAUGUCCAGAUACAUCUUAUUAUGAUGACGAAGUGUUUAAAUUUCAAAGCUGUUUGCGGAUCAACACGAUACUAAAAUGCUUUGUGAAAGACAGAAACUGUGUAGCUACAGAAAGGAGCACUUCAAAUCCGAAUCUCCAAAAUAUAACCAAAGAUGUCUCCUCAGACUCGGAUGAGAGAUCAGGGGACAUACGGUUACUUGGACUACUUGCAAUCCUACCCUUGAUUCUGGCGAUUUUCGUCUACUAUCGAUGUUGUCGAAGAGAUAUAAAACGGAAAUCAGACCCUGAAACAGAAGAAACUCUUCUACAGGAAACAGAUGGAAAAGAAAGAGAAAAGCUGACAUACAGAAAAGAAAAACCAAACGAAAGAAGUCUUUGGAGGACACCCUAUCGAGAAAAGUUGGACGAACUGCCACUUAAUCUUCUGACGGUUUUCUAUUCCAUUUUAUUUACAAAAACAAAUCAAAUUGAUGAUGGAUCAGAUAAUUGUUGGUUAAUAGUUUUGAAUAAAGUUAGACAUGUGUUUGAAUUAGAUGACAUUACCGAAGAAAAGGCAAGAAUUUAUGCAAAAACAGUGUUUAAUAUGUUUCAUUCCAUAUCUGAAGGUGACCUGGAAGUUCCCGAUGAUUUAUAUUUUGAAAUUUUCUGGAGUUUUUUCCGACAGAGCAAGUUUGAAGGAUGUGGUCGUCUGGAUUUUUUCUUGGAAAAUGCUUCAAAGGAAACCAUUGCACAAUUUUGUAGAACCAGUGGCUAUCAAAAGGUUUCCCUAGAACGAUGUAUGCAGCUACCUGUCGAUUAUACGGACAAAUUGAUUGAAAAACUUGGGCAGAAAAUAUUAACACAUCCGACGGUACAAGAUCCCUUGAUUCAUGAAAAGCUCUCAAAGAAAUUUGAUAUCCCUGUGGAAGUCUUGAAAUGGGGAAAAGACGGUAUUCAAAGGUUUAUCGCUUAUCUUGAUAAUGGUGGCAAAGAACCAGUUUAUCACACAAAGGGGAUGAUUGUUGGCUGUGCUGGAGCAGGAAAAACAACUCUACUUAAACGUUUGAAAGACUGUUCAAUAGCUGAAAUUUUGAAGACUGAACCGACAAAAGGAUUAGACGUUCACACUGAUGUUUUCAAAGUAGAGGGAAAUGCAUUGAAAGUAAACAAAAACCAAAGUGUGAAGUAUUUCAACAUACCACAAGACAGAAUUCAGUGUGUUCAACUGCCAAUUCUUAAACAGAAGGCACAUCCUAACCCAUCUGUACAUGAAGAAGAAAUAAAUACAAGCAUAGAUAUACCCAAAGAGACUAUACAGUCCAAAAGUGAGAUUCACCAUGAUCCACAAAUGGAAAAUUCCACCCUUCAGACAAGUCUUAUUUCUGAAAGUCAUGAAAUCACAGAAUUAGGACAGAUUAAAUUAGAUGAAAAAUGGCCAGGAUCACCUGUCUCGGAAAAAUCUUUUGAGAAUCCGAUAAACGUGGAAGUACAUGAUGAAGAAACUUAUGAUCCAUUUCUCCAAACUUUAAGAAAUGUAGCUUUUCAUGGCGAAAGAAGUGUACAGCUGAUAACUUUGCUUGAUUUUGCUGGUCAGUCUGCCUACUAUGCAUGUCAUCAGAUUUAUUUCAGUGCAAGAGCAUUCUACAUUUUAGUUAUCGAUAUGUCUAAAGACUUAAAUGCUGUUGUUGGUGAAGAUGUUUGUGAUCAUAGUGAAACAGUCUUUGAGACUUGGAGGUAUAGAGAUUUCUAUGCAUUUUGGAUGAAAUCUAUACACACGUACAGCAGUCCAAAUGCACCAGUUAUAAUUGUCGCAACGCAUGCAGAGGAUAAAUGCCAAGAUGACAUUGAAAAAUUUGAGAAGGAACUUUUUGAGAUUUUUGGUUAUGACCUUGUCUCAAAACACUUGGUAAAGGAUAAAAUAAUUACUUUGACUUUGCCGAGGGAUAACACUUGUCAACCUGCUAGCGUAGAAGAUCUCAAGAUAGACAUCAGAAAGACAGUGGAAAAGCAACCUUAUUGGGGCGAAGAUCUUCCAAGUUCUUGGGUGGUUUUUGAGAAUGAAAUAAGAAAAAGGAAGGAAACUUCAAAAAUCAUGAAGAUACAGGAUUUGCACAAAUUAUGCCGACAAAUGAGUGAACAUAUCAGAAUUGAUAUCAAGGAACUGAAAGAUGCCUUACGCUUUUUUCAUGAAAUAGGAACGAUUUUAUAUUUUGACAGCGCUGAACUAGAAGACACAGUCAUAUUAGAUGUUCAAUGGUUUGUGAAUGCCUUCAAAAAUAUUAUCACAGAUAACCAAGACUUGCAGCUUCAAAAUAUCAAAUUUGCAUUGUGGAAAAAAUGUAAUCAAACGGGGGAAUUAGAUGAUACUUUGCUUGAAGAAAUUUGGAAACGGACUGAAGAUAGCAGAGACUCGUUUUUUAAGCAUAAAAGUGAACUCUUGAGCUACAUGCAGCAUUUGGGAUUGUUAGCAAGAGGCUCUGAAGAAACAAAAUAUGUUCACCUGAUUCCAUGCAUGACUAAAAGGAAAAUCUCACACAGCGAUAUCGCAAAAUGCCACAAAAAUUUUGUUUUCAGCUUCCAAUUUGAUUUUUUUCCGAAUUUCAUAUUUUGGAGAUUUUUGGUUACCUGUGUUUGCAGUUAUGGUUGGUCAAUACUUGAAGAAUCUGGACAGAAAUAUAUUUUCAGAAACUCUUGUUUUUUGAGCUACGAAGAAGUUGAUGUUGCAAUCAAAAUUAACGAUAAUAUUUUAGAUGUGCAAAUUCUUGAAAGUGAUGACUCGCCAGUGGGUCAAAAUUUAAAAAUUGAUAUCUUGAGAAGAAUGGAGGAAAUUCUCCAGAUUUUGACAAGACCUUUUCCAACUAAUAUUACUUUUACCAUUGGCUGUCGAUGUAAAGUUACAAAGGUUUUUGAAAUUGGAAAUUCGAGAUUUCUUUCUGUGGGGGAACUUUUGAAAAUCAAAGACACACGGACGAAAGUAUGUAGUGCAUGUGGAAUUGAAAAGCAUCAAGUACCUGUUGAAAACCUUCUUGAAAUCUUGGAAGGGAGAACAGAAUCUCAUGGAUAUCGACAGACUAAAGGAAUAUCCAUCACCGGCAAGAGAGAAAGAAGAAGAGGGAAAUCCGAAAAAGAAGACCAAGACUUGGAAUUUGGUGUUGACGACGUCCGGCAUUUGAAGACUUUAAAAGGGGCGUGUCUUCGUGGAAACAAGCAACAAUUUGAUCAUGAAAUUCAAAAACAUUUUGGAGAAAAACAACUUCUUUUUACAAGAGACAGCGAUGGAUAUUCACUUUUGCAUUUUGCUUGUGAAGGUGGUAACUUGGAAAUUCUAAAGCAUUUACUCGAAGAGGGUUUUAUGUUGGAUUCAACAACAUUUAAAGGUAAAACUGUGCUUCAUAUUGCCUCUCAAUUUGGACACAAAUCAAUUUGUGAUUAUGUUUUAUCAAAAGACACUGCACUACUAGAAAUUACCGAUAAACGUAAAGGAAACGCAGCCCAUUUUGCCGCUGAAGGUGGCUACGUUGAAAUACUAGAAUUCUUGGUAAAUAAAGGCAUUAACCCAAAGCAGUUAACCGAAAGAGAAAGAAAUAUAUUUCACAUUGCAAGUUCCAAUGAUCAACAAGAAAUGUGUAAAUAUAUAGUACAGACGUACCCAGAAAUCAUUCAUUCUGUAGAUGGUCUCGGAUGGAAUGCUCUUCAUUUCGCCACAGCAAAAGGGCAUAUUGAAAUGUUUGAUACACUAGUUGGAUUUGAUCUUGAUGUUAAAAGCAAAACAAAUCGAGGGAAUUCAGUUCUUCAUAUUGCAUGUCUUAAAAGCCGACUUGAAAUGUGCAAAUAUAUCAUAAACAGAUGGCCAUAUCUAGUUAAAGAACAAAACAAGUUGAACCGAACUCCAGUAUUCGCUGCAGUAGAAGGUGGUGAUAUAAAUAUAUUAAAACUUCUGAAAAAUUAUGAUGCAGAUGAGAGAGCCAUUGCAGCAGAUAAUCACACUUUGCUACAUGUAGCAAGCGAACAUUCCAAUUAUGAGAUCUGUAAAUACGUUAUACAAACGUAUCCUGAAAUGACUAACCUUUCCUCAAGCAAGAACUUUAAUGCGUUACACAUGCUUGCAGCCGGAUCAUCUAGAUCAGAAGAGGAGGAAAUCAUGGUUUUCAACCUAUUGGUAAGCCAUGGUGUUGACAUCUUUCAAACAACGAAAAAGGGAAGCUCUGUUCUAAGUCUUGCUUGCAAGAAUCGGAAGUAUGACUUAUGCAAAUACAUGGUAGACCAUCAUCCAGCACUCUUAAAAAUACCAAGCGUAGAUCUGUUGAAGACAGCCGAGGAGACAAAUGACAAAGAAAUGAUUGAAUUGUUUAAGAUGGAAUUAAAUAUAAUGACCUAAGAAUUCUUUGCUUCAGUG